UUGUUCAGUGAUAAUUGGUGUCCCUCCCUCAAUCAGCAGCAGGUGCCUGUGAGCUCUGCACUUGCCAUUGAGUUCAUCUGAAAGCAGCUCCUGCAGGCUGACUGCCAGCAUCAUUUUGAAGUUAGAAUGGCUGGCGAACGUACAUUUUGGAGGUACUUUAAACUUUCAGUCCUCACUAUAUUUUCAUUAUCUGCAUUCUACUACUUCAUUAUGAGGAAUGACUAUGUUCACAUUUCAUCUCUAUUACCAAACUUUCCGAAAUUCAAGCCACAGCUAAACCCCCCAGAGUUCAAGCCACAGCUAAACCCCCCAGAGUUCAAGCCAAAGCCAAACCCCCCAGAAUUCAAGCCAAAGCCAAACCCUUCAGAAUUCAAGCCAAAGCCAAACCCUUCAGAAAUCAAGCCAAAGCCAAACCCUUCAGAAUUCAAGCCAAAGCCAAACCCUUCAGAAUUCAAGCCAAAGCCAAACCCUUCAGAAAUCAAGCCAACACCAAACCCUUCAGAACUCAAGCCACAAACAAACUAUACAGAACUCAAGCCACAGCCAACUGAGAACCCUGGCUUGACGUUACCUUUGUCUACUACAAGACACCCAUUGACACCCCCUUAUCCUUACCCUUAUAAGUUCCUCCUUAACCCAAAAGAAAAAUGCCAGAAGCAGAAGCCCUUCCUUGUUUUACUUGUGAUUGGAGACAGCCAUGAUGCCAACUCACGAUUAACCAUUCGGGAAACCUGGGGAAAUGAAAGUAACUACAGAGAUGUUGCUGUGGUCACCGUUUUCCUGAUAGGUAUCCCUCGUGUUAAAACGGAGACCAGUCAGAAGCUGUUAGAAGAGGAAAUGAAGACCUAUGGGGACAUAGUACAGCAGGACUUUAUGGAUACCUAUUAUAAUUUGACUCUUAAAACCCUAAUGGGCAUGGAGUGGAUUUCUAAAUAUUGUCCUGGUGCCAGUUACGUAAUGAAGAUAGACAAUGAUAUGUUUCUCAAUGUGGAAUAUCUUGUCCACCACCUCCUGCAACCAGGAUUACCAGUCCAUCAGAACUAUUUUACAGGAUAUAUUGUAGCCAACACAGGUCCUUUAAGAGGCAAGGAAUACAAGUGGUAUGUCCCUAAGGAAGUGUAUCCUAAUGACACCUAUCCCCCAUACUGCUCUGGUCCUGGCUAUGCCUUUUCUGCAGAUAUGGCAAAAAAGAUUUAUGAUGUAGCCCAGACCAUUAGGGUAGUGCCAAUGGAGGAUUCGUUUAUGGGAAUCUGUUUGUAUGAACUGAAGAUCCCACCCACUAAUCCACCUCCUAAUAUAUUUAAUGGGCACAGGAUAGAUUAUGACUGCUGCAAGUUUAACAAGUUGAUCACAGUGCACCAUUAUAAGGGAGACGAACUGCGGAAAGUAUGGAAGGACUUCUGGACUCAGAGGUCUGGGUGCAAGGACUAAAGACUAAUAUCGUAUGGGGUCAGUGUUAAGUCUAACAAAUUGACUUUAAAAAGUAUUGUUUUACAUAUAAAUUAAAAGAUAGAUGAAAACUUUAUUAAUCCCAAGGGAAAUUGUUAUGCCAGAGUUUACUUGUUUAACAUACAAUCACACGAAAAAAACACACAUUGUACAUAAUUACAUUAUAAUACAUUACACAUCACGGUUAACUAAAAAAAUACAAUUACCUGCUGGAAAGA